UCUCCUUCCAGAAAAGAGGAAGGGAUGCAAAAAUAGAGGAAAAUUAGCACUUGAGCUCUGUCUUUGUUCCAGAGGUGAAAUACAAUUAACUUUUAAUCAUGGCUUUGAACAGACGACAUUCUUAUACUCCCAGGCUGACCAGCCCACUGAUCAGCAAAAUGAGCAGUUCAGGAACAGUGGAGAGUGGGAAACCUCCCAAGAUUGGCUCUAUAGUAGAGGUGACAGGAAAGGGUCAGCGUGGAACUGUCGCCUACAUUGGCACCACCCUCUUCGCCUCUGGGAAAUGGGUGGGUGUCAUACUGGACGAGCCCAAAGGCAAGAAUGAUGGCACCGUGCAGGGGAAACGUUACUUCACCUGCGAGGAAAAUCAUGGCAUAUUCGUCAGACAGUCCCAGAUCCAGGUGGUGGAAGAAGGCUCUGGUGCCACCUCACCUGAUACUCCUGAGUCUGGCACAACAAAGAUACCAAAACAAAAAGACAUUCCCGAGACUCCCAGAACAACCAAGCAGAUACCAGUGAACGUUAAGAACUCUUCUACCCGCCGUUCUGGAAAGUGGGGCACACCACGUCUCACAGAAACUACCUCCCUCCCCUCCCUCUUGGUACGUUUCCCCAAAGGCUCCAGUGUGUCGCUCACGGCGUCUCGUGAGAGUCUCUCGACGUCUCUGUCUGGUGAUGUGAGUGAGGCCGGUCUGUCAUCCCAGCAGGGUGCUCUGGGGGCUCCUGUCGUGCCUCAGCCCAGCGGGUCUCCUGCAGCAGCCGCCACCGCAGUUCCAGCCACUCCAAGCAAGGGGGAACCUGCCAUAUCCAAGCAGGAGGAGGAGUCACUGCGAGCUCAGGUGAAGGACCUGGAGGAGAAGCUGGAGACUCUGAAGAUGAAGCGAACUGAGGACAAGGCCAAGCUGAAGGAGCUGGAGAAACACAAGAUCCAACUGGAGCAGCUUCAAGAGUGGAAGACCAAAAUGCAGGAGCAGCAGACUGAUCUGCAGAAACAACUCAAAGAGGCCAAGAAGGACGCCAGGGAAGCACAGGAGGCCAAGGACCGCUACAUGGAAGAGAUGUCAGAUACAGCAGAUGCCAUAGAGAUGGCCACACUGGAUAAAGAAAUGGCUGAAGAGCGAGCAGAGUCCCUACAAGUGGAGGUGGACACACUGAAAGAGAAGGUGGAGGAGCUCUCUAUGGACCUGGAGAUCCUUAGACAUGAGAUAUCAGAGAAAGGCUCAGAUGGAGCUGCCUCAAGUUACCAAGUCAAGCAGCUGGAAGAGCAGAACAGCAGGCUUAAGGAGGCUUUGGUCAGGAUGCGUGAUCUGUCUGCCUCAGAGAAACAGGAACAUGUGAAGCUCCAGAAGCAGAUGGAGAAGAAGAACACUGAGCUGGAAACUCUGAGGACUCAGAAGGAAAAACUGCAGGAAGAAGUCAAGCAGGCAGAAGCCACCAUUGAUGAACUGAAGGAGCAGGUGGAUGCUGCCUUGGGGUCAGAGGAGAUGGUGGAGACCUUGACGGAGAGGAACCUUGACCUGGAAGAGAAAGUCAGAGAGCUGAGAGAAACAGUCACUGAUCUGGAAGCUAUCAAUGAGAUGAACGAUGAGCUCCAGGAGAACGCCAGAGAGACAGAAAUGGAGCUGAGGGAGCAGUUGGACAUGAGUGCGGCGAAGGUCAGAGAAGCAGACAAAAGGGUAGAAGCUGCUCAGGAGACUGUGGCUGAUUACCAGCAGACCAUCAGUAAAUACAGAGAGCUCACUGCUUCUCUUCAGGAUGCCAACAGGGAGCUGAUCAGUCAGCAGAAUGCAAAUGCAGAACAAGUUCAGCAACCACCUGCAGAGCUGUUUGACUUCAAGAUCAAGUUUGCAGAGACCAAGGCUUAUGCCAAGGCUAUUGAGAUGGAGCUGAGGAAAAUGGAAGUGGCUCAGUCCAACCGACAGGUGUCCCUCCUCACCUCCUUCAUGCCGGACUCCUUCCUGCGUCACGGUGGAGACCACGACUGUGUUCUGGUGCUUCUGCUCAUCCCCAGGCUCAUCUGCAAGGCUGAACUGAUCAGUAAACAGGCUCAGGAAAAGUUUGACUUAAACGGGAACCUGGUCCAGGGAGCAGGGCUCAGAGGGCCUCCAGGAGAACAGCGCAGUUUUGCUUCAGGACUGGUCUACUCCCUCAGUCUGCUGCAGGCCACCCUGCACAAAUAUGAGCAGGCUCUGAAUACCUGCAGCGUGGAGGUUUUUAAGCGCAUGGGGACUCUCUACACUGAAAUGAGCUUCCAUGAGCGCUCUCUGGAUUAUUUCAUAGACCUGCUGCAUAAAGACCAACUGGAUGAGACUGUUCAGGUGGAACCGCUGACUAAAGCCAUUAAAUACUAUCAGCAACUGUACAGUGUCCAUCUGGCUGAACACACUGAAGACUGCACAGUGCAGCUGGCUGAUCAUAUUAAGUUUACCCAGAGUGCCCUGGACUGUAUGGGAGUGGAGGUGGCUCGUCUGCGGGCGUUCCUGGCGGCAGGACAGGACGGCUCUGGCCUCUCGGUUCUUUUGAAGGACCUGGACACUUCCUGCUCAGACAUCAGACAGUUCUGUAAGAAGAUCCGCCGCCGCAUGCCCGGAACUGAUGUCGCUGGAGUUCCUGCUGCUCUCAAUUUUGGACCACCGGUGUCAGAGACGCUGACGGAGUGCAGGCGCCAGCUGACCCGUGUGGUUGCAGUUCUCCAGGAGGUGACUGCAGCUGGAGCUCAGAUGGUUGCUCCUCUGGGAGAACAGGAGGGUCUCAAUGCUCUCAGACUGGAGGAUACUGCUUGCAAAGUUGUUGAGCAGAUUUACGGCACACAUGGCGUGAACGGCCCGGAAUUACUGCGACAGUCGUGCAGCUCUGUCAUUGCCACCAUGAACAAGAUGGCUACAGCCAUGCAGGAAGGAGAGUAUGAUGCUGACAAACCACAGGGGAAGACUUCUCCAGUGGAGGUAAGAGCAUCCACUGUCAGGGCUGAGAUGACUGAUGCUGAGGGUCUGGGAGUCAAACUAGAAGACAGAGAAACAGUCAUCAAGGAGCUGAAGAAGUCCCUUAAGAUUAAGGGUGAGGAGUUGAGUGAGGCCAGUGUCCGCCUGAGCCUUUUGGAGAAGAAGUUGGACACCUCCACCAAAGAUGCUGAUGAACGAGUGGAGAAGAUUCAGACCAAACUGGAUGAGAACCUCGCCCUGCUGAAGAAGAAAGAAAAGGAGUUUGAGGAGACGAUGGACGCUCUGCAGGCUGACAUCGACCAGCUGGAGGCAGAGAAGGCAGAGCUGAAACAACGCAUUAAUAACCAGUCAAAGAUGACAAUCGAAGGCCUAAGAAGUUCUCCUGCCUCUGGGAUAGCCUCCAUCGUUCAGGGAUCUGCAGGAGGUGUGCCUCCAUCCAUGGCAGGACCAAUGCAGGUGGUGGAUUCUCCUCUCCUCAGGCAGCAGGUUGAGGCCCAGAGACUCAGCAUUAAACACCUCAAGAAUGAAAACAACAGACUCAAGGCAGAAAAGAUGAGAGCCCAGUUGGCCUCCCUGCCACCACUCUGCCCUCCCAGACUCCCACAAGUGUCCAAAGAAAGCUCCAUGCCUCCAGAAGGACUAAACACAGGCAUCUAUCGUCGGACCGACCAGCUGCUGGCCACCCUGCUCAAACUGAGUGCAGAGGUUAAAGUGGUGGACAUUACUGGAAAGACAGCAGUUAGUGCCAGCGCCCAGCUGCUGGAACAAACCGCUCGACUGCAGAACCUCAGUGAUGCUCUGGACAAGCUCAAGGGCGAGGUAGCUGAACAUGUGGUCUCAUAUCAGCCUGGAGCAAAGGCUUCCUCUGACUUUGCCACGUUCCCCAUCUCCUCCUUUGUUAAGGCCAAGGAGGAGAAGCAGGGAGGAACAGUGUUUGUAGGUCGUGUUGCCAUCCCAUGCACCCGUGGACAGGAACAAGUACAUCGCCUCGUCCUGUCACAGCAGCAGCUGCACAAAGUGCAUCGUCUCCUCAUGGUCUAAGAUGCUGCAUUGGCCUGCAGCUGUGAUCGACAGCGCAUCAAGAAAAGCUUAUUUUUUUUUGUUUUCCUUUGCCCAAUCCCUGUUCUCGUUCCAGCUAACAUUUCACUUCAACAUUUUCCUCUAUUUAUCUCUUUUGCUUUCCACUGUUCUCAGGAAACUUUAUCUGCAAAGUUAUAGCACUAAUACAAUUGACCGACAGCAGGGUCUUUAUAUUGAUGUAAAACUGAUUGGUGUUGGAUCAUUUUUCACAAGUCCAAGACUAUUGAAUGUCACAUGAAGGUGUCUUGUUUUCAUCAUUGAGAGUUUGUGACCAAUUUUGACAACUCAUUGUGAAACUGGGGAAAACUAACAAGUCAUUUUUACUGUACUUGCACCAGUUGAGAGCAGUUUCCCUUUGUAUCUUUUGUAUUUGUAGUAAUUCAGACAAUAAAAGUAAGCAGUUCAA